UCACCCCUCCCCCCGAGCGCAGCUCCGGCUGCACCGCACUCGCUCCGCGCUGUCAGGCUAGCGCCGCCGUCCCCAGACGCCACCAUGAUCAUCUACCGGGACAUCAUCAGCCAUGACGAGCUGUUCUCCGACAUCUACAAGAUCCGGGAGAUAGCAGACGGGCUGUGCCUGGAGGUGGAGGGCAAGAUGGUCAGUAGAACAGAGGGUAACAUCGAUGACUCGCUCAUUGGUGGGAAUGCUUCCGCUGAAGGCCCAGAGGGCGAAGGUACCGAAAGCACAGUAGUCACUGGUGUUGACAUUGUCAUGAACCACCACUUACAAGAAACCAGCUUCACAAAAGAGGCCUACAAAAAGUACAUCAAAGAUUACAUGAAAUCACUCAAAGGCAAACUUGAAGAACAGAAACCAGAAAGAGUAAAGCCUUUUAUGACUGGGGCUCCAGAGCAAAUUAAGCACCUCCUUGCUAAUUUCAAUAACUACCAGUUUUUUAUUGGUGAGAACAUGAAUCCAGAUGGCAUGGUUGCUCUCCUGGACUACCGUGAAGAUGGCGUGACUCCAUACAUGAUUUUCUUCAAGGAUGGCCUAGAGAUGGAGAAAUGUUAACAAAUUGGAUCUAUCACC